UGAAAUGGUUUUGUUUGUCCUCUGAGCCUUUUCUUGCCAAAAACAGUGAAAACUCAUGAAAGUGUUGGACUUUUCAGGUCACCUUCUUCAAUCAAGGAGGACCCCUCUUUUCUUUUGAGCUUAUUUUUGCCUCUUCUUCCUGUUCAUGGAUCCCAAGGCCUCAAACUCAAAGAACCCACAUGAACUACCUAACUUCUUGACCCACCCUCCUCCUAAAACCCUUCAACAACACCAUCAGCCACAGCCACAGCCACAGCCACAGCAGGCAGCCAUGGGAGAGAACAAACCAGCAGAAAUUAAAGAUUUCCAGAUUGUAAUUGCAGACAAAGAAGAGCAAAAGAAGCAGUUAGCACCAAAAAGAAGCUCAAAUAAAGACAGACAUACCAAGGUUGAAGGUAGAGGAAGAAGGAUAAGGAUGCCAGCUCUUUGUGCAGCAAGAAUCUUUCAAUUGACCAGGGAACUGGGUCAUAAAUCUGAUGGAGAAACAAUACAGUGGCUGUUACAACAAGCAGAACCAUCGAUAAUUGCAGCAACUGGGACAGGAACAAUACCAGCAUCGGCCUUGGCUGUUGCUGGUGGAUCAAUUUCGCAGCAAGGGACCUCUCUAUCAGCUGGAUUGCAUCAAAAGAUUGAUGAAUUAGGUGGGUCCAGUAGUAGUAGGACCAGUUGGGCAAUGGUUGGUGGUAAUUUAGCCAGACCUCAUCAUGUGGCAACAGCAGGAUUAUGGCCCCCAGUGGGUGGGUUUGGGUUCCAGUCUUCAUCUGCCACUGGUCCAGCAACAACGAAUUUGGGGACUGAUAGUUCUAGUUAUUUGCAAAAGAUCGAGUUUCCUGGGUUUGACUUGCCAGGAAAUAAUAUGGGUCCUAUGAGUUUUACCUCAAUAUUGGGUGCGAGUAACCAGCAGAUUCCUGGGCUGGAGCUUGGUUUGUCACAGGAUGGUCAUAUUGGGGUUUUGAAUCCACACACUUUGAGUCAGAUUUAUCAGCAGAUGGGGCAGGCUAGAGUGCAACAGCACCAGCAACAACAGCACAAUCCUGCUAAGGAUGAUUCUCAAGGUUCAGGACAGUAAUAGCAGUUCAGAGUAGGCAUUCUUGAUGUUGAGAGACGCUGAGUGAUUUUUGUAAUGGUUUUUGUGUUGUAUAAUUGAUGAAAAAAAUGUGAGAGAGAGACCAAAAAGGAAAAAAGAAAAAAAAAGAUACAUAAGAGAAUUCAAUAGGGACUGGAUCUGGUUUGCCUCUUACUUUCUCUUCAUCACCCUCCAUAUACAGGUGGAAUUGUGCACAGCCAAAUAGUUUGGGUUUGGGCUUAACUUCUUAUCUAAUUCAGAGAGGUGUGUUGAUUAUAGUGUAAGGCAUCUUUAAUUAUUUUGUUCUUAUCUUGGUCUGGAUGAAGUGAUGAUCAGUUUGUUUGUGAGAUUGAAUAGUCAUAUAGCUGUCCAGUUUCCUUUUCAUA